AUGCCGGGGGUUCCGUCUAAUAAGGCAUGUGAGCGAUGCAAGAAAAGACACCUUAAGUGCGAUGAGACACGCCCCAACUGUCAGCGCUGCUUCAACGCCGGUGUGGACUGCCCGGGCUAUAUUCAAACUCGAAAAUUUAUUGAUCAGGGUGCUGCCGUGAGGCGCCGGUACGCCCCCUAUCAUGGAGAGGGUGGCUCAAAUCGUCAUCGCAAUCAAUCAGAUGCACCAACGAAUCAAGGCGGACAAUGCCAAGUCCAAAUCAGUUCCCCUUUGGGGCAGCAACGGCCGGGAGACUCGCCGCAGUCGAGUUCACCGAGUGCAGGCAUGCAAGCGCGUCCUGUUGUCCGCACUCCUGAAUGGUUCAGUAGAGAGUUCAACCCGACCGGCAUUGUCAGCUCAGAUCCUCUCAUUGCCCCUAGAUGGGAUGAUGUUCGAAACUCAAGCAAUACUAAUCACACAUUCAAUGAUGCUUCCUAUCGCAGUGCUAGUGCUACUAGACGAGGCCAGGCUUCAUCACAUGCGGAACAUUCCCCCCAAAGCCCAUCUCAGGCGGACGAAAAUGAAAGCAUACAGGACAUGUACUCCGAUCUCAUAACAGGCUCUGGGUACGAAGAGUCCUUUCUAGUACGAUACUAUGUUGAGGCAUUAGCACCUUGGUUAGAUCUCUCCGACCCUCGCAAAUUCUUCGCUACUCAUGUUCCCCUCCGUGCCAAAGACGAUGUGGCUCUUCAAUACUCUAUCACUGCUCUUGCUGCAAAGCAUCUCGGCAGAAUGAAGGGGGUAAAAAUCACCGAAAACACCGGGUUGUUCACGACUCCCGCGAUGAUGGAAACGUAUUCUGACGUCCCGGACGCGGAAUGGCUUCAUAAAGCCACCAUGUACGUCUACUUGGCUGGUCAGCGACUGAACACUGCUUUAUCCGAGUCCUACACAGCAGUAUCUAGCUCUGCUGUGUUAAAAUCCCCUUUCGAGACUAUCAAUGACUGGCUACGUUCCCAAGCCAAGAAUGUUCCAUCCGAUGCACAAUCGCAAUCCGCUCUUGGGAAAAGGCUAGAAAAUGCACUAGCCGUGUCAACAAUACUUAACCUGUAUAAAAGCAUGGAUGAGCCUGCAGAAAAUUGGCGCUCCCAUCUCUUUGGUGUCAAACCUCUUUUUGAAACAAUAGUGCAACUAUAUGACAGCAUGACACCAGCCCCUGCAAGCUUCCCAUACGGGGUCGUCGCAGCCUUCUGGAACUUUGCUCGCCAGGACUACUUGACUGCAUACCUCAAUCGCGUACAAACACAGCUUAAUCCUAGCGACUUCGGUCUUUGGAGGUCUGCCGGCAUACCUCUCGAUGACGAAGGGAACAUCGGGCAUUACAGUGACACUUUUCCUCUCCAAGAGGACCUUUCUUGUCAAUCGCUGACAUGGCUUUCAUGUAAAGUCGUCAACUUCCUGGCCAACUCAAAGAAGUCGCCACUGGAGCAAAUGGUUCGCUCGCCCUCGAAUGAGACUCCGGAAGACUCAUCGCCAUAUCCCACGACAUCAACCUGGUUGAGCCUCUCCUUCGAAUACCAAACGUGGGUCGAACGACUCCCGGAAUCAAUUCGACCUUGCGUGCGGCUUGAGAAACCCAAAAAUCUAGCAAGCCUGCCCGAGGCGAGUCCUGUUCCGUUUCCCGAGAUAUUCUUCUCGAUGCCGUCAUAUGCUUUCGCCAUGCAGCAGUGUCACUUCGGCCGUCUUGCAUUGUCUUUGAACCGUCCAACAGAUGCGGUCACUGCUCCGAGCACCGCAUUUGACCGCGUGCAGGGCUAUCGCGAGCUGACCAAGGAGGUCGAUUAUCGAUGCCGGGAGAUUAUCGGCAUUGCACUGGCCCGACCGCAGAGCUGUGCCCGUGUCUACAUGACUCCUCUGCUGUUCGCUAUGGGCCAAUUCCUUGAAGCUCCGGAGGAACGCCAGAUAGUGGUGAACCUCCUGCGGGGCAUUGAAGCGGAUCUAGGAUGGGAGACCGAUUCGAAGAUCAAAAAGCUACAGAGGCUAUGGAGUCAUCAAUAGCUGUUCCUACCGCGUUCAUCCCCGGCUGCGAUCCAGAGCAAUGCCAGAAAACAUGGAUCUUUUGAAUAGGUCGUGCUUGUUGGGCCCAUGAUGCUGGACAUGAUGCUAACUCCAGUGUAUUUAUUCUAAGGUUCCGU